AUGAGUUCAUCGUCGAUUUUACGGAAAGAGAUAACGGGCUAUAAUGCUAUUCUUACCAAACGAGUUCUAUCUCGCAGGAGUACUACAUUAACACAUUUGGGACAUAGCAGGUACCCUUUGAGUCCGCAGUUGCAGUUGCACGGGAAUUCUGUUAAUUGGGUCAGAUUUCAGUCUACGGCACCAAUGAAGGAUCAGCAAAAAGCAUCAUCUUCGGAGCAAGUAAAGCACGCUGGAUCUUCGAAAAAUGAGACCACAUUUGAGAGUGAAAAGGCAAAGGAGAAGCAAAUAGAUAAUCAAGCACUUGAAAAGUUAGAAAACUCUCCAACAAAUGAACUCGUGCAAAAGGAAGAAGGAAAGGAGAAAACUAAACCUACGCUUUGGGAAAAGGUAAAGCACGAGGCUCAGCAUUAUUGGCUGGGUACCAAAUUAUUGGGUUACGAAGUCAAAGUAUCAACCAAAUUAUUGACGAAAUUAAUUGCGGGAUACGGGUUGAGUCGAAGAGAAUCUAACCAAUUACAAAGAACAAUUGUUGAUGUAGUUAGAUUGGUGCCAUUUGCAGUGUUUGUUCUUAUUCCAUUUGCCGAGUUACUUCUCCCAGUUGCGUUGAAGCUUUUCCCAAAUAUGUUGCCAUCCACCUAUGAGUCCAAGAAAGAUCGUCAAAUCAAGAGAAAUAAAUUAAAAAAGACGAGAAAUGCAGCAAGUGAAUAUAUCAAACAGACGAUGGAACAAUCUGGAUUGAAAUUAUCGAAAAAGAUUACUGAUAGUGAAAGAGAGAAUUUCGUCCAGUUUUUCCAUGCCAUUUCCAUGGGUAAAAACCCCACUAGAGAGCAAUUGAUUCAAGUUGCAAGAUUGUUCAAAAAUGACCAGGUUUUGGAUAAUUUGAGUCGUCAUCAAUUGGUUGCCAUGUGUAAGUAUAUGUCUUUGAGACCAUUUGGUACUGAUUCUAUUUUAAGAUACCAAAUCAGACAUAGGUUGUUGACAAUUAUUAAGGAUGAUAAGGUAAUUGAUUAUGAAGGGGUUGAAUCCUUGUCCAUACCAGAAUUACAGAUGGCAUGUUCCCAAAGAGGGAUUAAAACCAGUGAUGUUUCACCUGGUAGAAUGAGAGAGGAUUUGGAAACCUGGUUGGAUUUGAGAUUGAGACAAAAGAUUCCUUCUACUUUAUUGAUUUUGAGUAGUGCUUACACUUACGGUGACAACCAGACUACAGAAUCUUAUUAUGAUGCAUUGUUGGCUGUAUUGUCGUCUAUCCCUGAUGAAGUUUACAAUGUUGCUAAAUUGGAAUUGUCUGAUGAUUCGAAAUUGAAAUUGAACAUCUUGAAGGAGCAAGAUGAAUUGAUUGAAGAAGAAAACGAAAGAGAAAAAGGUACUGUUAACAAGCUUAAGGAUGAUAUCAACUUGGAUGAAUAUGAGGAUACAGCAAGUGAAGGUGUCAAUUAUCAACAAGAUCAAGAGGAGAAGGAGCUUGAAAAUGGGUUGAAAAAGGAGAUGGAAAAUGACGACACCAAGAAGGAAGUUCACAACAAAGCAGUUGAAGACCCUACUGCUCCUAUUCGCUCCGAACAUGCCAAAGAUGAAGAAACUGAAAAGCACGAUGAGGAAAAGGCUCAAAAAGAGAAGAAGCAAAAGGAAGAGACCAAAUAG